AUGCACCAACGUGUAAAAUAUCCAGAGUACCUGGACAUGCGGCCGUUCAUGUCUCAGACUCAAGGAGAGUCCCAACUCUACAGCCUGUACGCUGUGAUAGUCCACUCUGGAUACAGCUGUCACGCUGGACACUUCUUCUGCUAUAUUAAGUCGAGCGAUGGUUAGUGGCACAAGAUGAACGACGCCUCUGUGUCCGUCAGUGACCUCAGCACUGUUCUCAACCAGGAGGCCUAUGUCCUGUUCUACAUAAAGUCCAGUGAUGGGAAAAAAACAGCGGACUGCAGUCAAAUGAACCACAACCCUGGAAUCCCUGAGAGGGAAACUACAGGUGCCGGAGCCCAGAUCGGGAGAGUGACGGUGAUCGGCACCAGUACAGACGGGACUACAGAGAUCGUCGGCACAAUCAUCGCUUGCACAGUGAUCAUUUGUCUCCUCACGAUCGACAUAACAGAGACUGGGACUCUGAGCAUCGCUAUGAGCGAACAGUCCACCACCCCAGGGAGAGCUACCGCGACAGGUCCCCUCACCAUUACCACCGCCAGCGAUUCAGAGAUGAUACGGUCUUUGAGCGGAGGGGGAUAA